CUAGCUAGGGGCCCCUGACUCCAGCUGCAGGGACCCCGUCCCAACAAGACCGCAAGCAUGUCAUCGGAAAAGUCAGGCCUCCCGGACUCGGUUCCUCAUACUUCCCCACCACCCUACAAUGCCCCUCAGCCCCCUGCCGAGCCCCCCGUCCCUCCCCCACAGGCGGCCCCUUCCUCUCACCACCACCAUCACCACCACUACCACCAGUCUGGCACCGCCACUCUCCCACGCUUAGGGGCAGGCGGCUUGGCCUCUUCCUCGGCCAGCGCUCAGCGUGGCCCCUCGUCCUCUGCCACAUUACCCAGGCCCCCCCACCACGCCCCGCCGGGCCAGGCCUCUGGGGCGCCUCCACCCGGCUGCGCUACCUUGCCUCGCAUGCCACCCGACCCUUACCUACAGGAGACUCGCUUCGAGGGCCCACUUCCCCCGCCGCCACCCGCCGCCGCCGCCCCACCCCCGCCGGCGCCGGCCCCGACUGCCCAGGCCCCGGGCUUCGUGGUGCCCACGCACGCAGGGGCGGUGGGCACACUGCCUCUGGGGGGUUACGUAGCGCCCGGCUACCCUCUGCAGCUGCAGCCCUGCACUGCUUACGUGCCAGUCUACCCGGUGGGCACGCCCUACGCAGGUGGGACUCCCGGGGGAACAGGGGUGACCUCCACUCUCCCCCCACCGCCCCAGGGCCCAGGACUGGCCCUGCUGGAACCAAGGCGCCCUCCGCACGACUACAUGCCCAUCGCAGUGCUGACCACCAUCUGCUGCUUCUGGCCUACGGGCAUCAUCGCCAUCUUCAAGGCAGUGCAGGUGCGCACGGCCCUGGCACGCGGAGACAUGGUGUCCGCCGAGAUCGCUUCUCGCGAGGCCCGGAAUUUCUCUUUCAUCUCCCUGGCGGUGGGCAUUGCAGCCAUGGUACUCUGCACCAUCCUCACCGUCGUCAUCAUUAUCGCCGCGCAGCACCACGAGAACUACUGGGAUCCCUAA